AUGAUGGAAAAUCAAAUGUUUGACGUUUUCAUUGCCGGUGCUGGUCCGGUUGGUUUAUUUUUUGCAUACCAGAUGCUUCGUAUGGGGCAUUCAGUUUAUGUCUGCGAUACCAAGCCAGGACCUACAGACCAGAGUAGGUCUAACCUUCUUACAUCUCGGGCUUUGGAGAUCCUUUCCAUGCAUGGUAUUGCAGCCCAAUUUCUUGAGGAAUGUGUGGCUACCCAAGGCCUGCAGCUUAUCCACAGGGGUAACAAGGUUGGAUUUCUUGGUGCUCUUGAUGGUGAACAUACUUCUUUCCCUCAUGGCACGUGUGUGGCUCAGGAUAAAACGGAGGAGAUUUUGAUAAAGCUUGUGGAGACUCAGCAACCCGAUUCGAUACAUUGGUGCACUAGAUUUGUGAAACAUGAAGCCGCUUCCGAUUAUGUUACUGUCACCGUUGAGAAGAAUGACACAACAAAAACAAUCAAGGCACGCUACCUCGUUGGCUGUGAUGGAGUUCAUUCGAGUGUUCGAAAGGGGGAUGGCGGCUGGUCAUUCGAUGGCUACUCAAUAGCCACUCCAUUUGCUCUUGCCGAUUGCAAACUUUCUGGUCGAGAUGCCCACAAGAUCAAGAACCAACGAACGAACACGUUUCUCGACGACGAUGGAUACGUUGACAUAUCGCCCCUUGGAAACGGUGAAGACAUUGACUUUUUCCGUGUCAACUUUAAUCUCUCGUCAUUUGAGAUUGCACCAUCACGUGACACCACGCACGGACCAUCGUGUCAUCCAAAGGAAAGCAUCACACUUGAAGAAAUGCAAGCCAUUGUAUCAAGAAGGGCGGCGCCAUGGGAAGUGAUCCUGACAGAGCCAAAAUGGAUAUCAGUGUUUCAUAUUAAUCAACGCAAGGCAAAUGGCUUUCGACGUGGUCGUGUCUUUUUGAUGGGUGAUGCUGCACAUUGCUUUACACCUUUGGCUGGUCAUGGACUUAAUAAUGGAAUGCAGGAUGCUCAUAACCUUGCAUGGAAGCUUUCUUUUGUUCUUAAUGGUCUUUGUCCCGAUCCAGAGAAGCUCUUAGACUCAUACUCCACUGAGCGUGAGCCCAUCAUCAAAAUGACAAUGGAUUAUCUUGGGGAAUGUAUGAAGACGGGAUUAGAAAAGCAAGGAUCAAUAAGGGCUGCCAUUGGUCGCUUUUUCCUUUCUAGUCUUUGCAAAAUUGGUUGGAUAAACAAACUCAUCAUGUCAUUUGUUCUACAGACGAUGAUUUCCCUUGGAGCAAGUUCACCCGUUAUAUCCGAGCCAUCAUGCAACUUGAUCAAGCCUGGAAAAUUCAUUCCCGACACCUCUUCCUUGAGACGACGUGUUGUUAAAAAAUGCAUUGAACGCAAGACUUUCCACGAGAUAUUGGGGACCAGCAUAUCGGAGACGAAGUACACUGCACUCUUCAUUUGUACACGACCAUCAAGUUAUGAUGCCUGCACAUGGGUGGAAAGUUUUUGGAUCAAGGCCAGCAAAUGGCGUCGUGUCUUGCGUCCUAUAAUUGUUGAAUCAACGUGGCAUGCAUACAGCAACACUCUUCCAUCAUUCGUAUCAUCCGAUGAUGAGUCUGAUGCAACCAAUGCAUUCUGGCUUGAAAAUAGCUUGGCAUCUUCAGAAUCCCUUACAGAGCGUGUUGGGCUUGGUAGUCAUUUAAGUGGAUCAAAUCCUCCUGCAGCCGUUGUUCUCAUCCGUCCUGAUGGAUACAUUGCCAGUAGCACCCUCAUUUAUUCGGUAGACGAUAUUAAUUUGACGUUUGACAAGUUCCGAGGGCCGCUAUGCGGUUAUUUUAUCAAGUAUAAUGAUGAAUAA